GUGCUUGCAACUGUUUCCUCUGCCAAUGAAUCUCUAGAAGCCUCUCAACGUGCUUUCUCUGCGACUGACCUUGAAUCCAUCCUUAGACAACUUCUUCCAUCUGGUAACGGUAAUACUCAUGCAGCUCUUUCCACCACACCAGGACAAACAGACGGGACAACUCAUAGGGACUGGAUGUAAGAUCGGAAGGUUAUUUGAGCUCACUCAACUACAUGUUCCUCGUGUCUCCAAAAAUAUUUGUGCUGCUUCCACAGAUUCCUCCAUCCAGCUUUGGCAUCAACGUCUUGCUCAUAGCUCUAUUGGAAAAUUGCGUCCUCUAGUGUGUCAAGGUCAUUUAGGAUCAGUAACUAAUGAGUCUUUUGAUUGUACUGCCUGUCAAACGGCUAAACAACCAGCUUUGUCAUUUAAUAAAAGUACUAAUAUUUCAGCUUCACCGUUUGAUCUUGUCCACUCUGAUAUUUGGGGACCUGCUCCCACUCCUACAAUGGGAGGUUCUCGGUAUUUUGUUUUGUUUAUUGAUGAUUAUUCUCGUUUUACAUGGAUAUACUUGAUGAAAAAUCGUCAUGAGCUUCCUCAAAUUUACAUUAAGUUUGCAAAAAUGAUUCAAACACAAUUUUCUAAAAUUAUUAAAGUUUUUCGCCGAGAUAAUGCCAUGGAAUAUCGUGAUUCUAAACUCUUAGAUUUUCUUGGUGAGCAGGGUACCUUGUCUGAAUUCUCUUGUCCAUAUACAUCUCAACAAAAUGGUCGUGCUGAGAGAAAACAUCGUCACAUUCUUGACUUUGUCCGUGCCAUGCUUAUCUCAGCCUCUUGUCCUGAACGUGCUUGGGGUGAAGCUUCUCUUACUGCUGUCCACAUUAUCAAUCGUCUUCCUUCAUCUAUCUUUGGUUCUUCUAGUGAGCUCUCUUCCCCUUCCGAUGUUCCAUCCACUUCAAAUGAUGAUGUUCCAAUUGUUGAUCCUGCACCAUCCACUACUGAGAUUCCUGGAAGGGUAAGAAAUACACCUUCUUACCUUCGUGAUUACCAUUGUUAUUCUACUAUGCUUCACCUUCAUGAACCGCAGUCCUAUAAGGAAGCCUCUACAGAUCCUCAUUGGCAGCAAGCUAUGAUAGAAGAAUUACAAGCAUUAGAGAAAACCCACACAUGGGACCUUGUUGAUCCUCCAUCUAAUAAGCCUCUGGUUGGAUGCAAGUGGGUAUACAAAAUCAAGACACAUUCAGAUGGUUCAAUUGAGCGAUACAAAGCUCGUCUAGUGGCCAAAGGCUUCACUCAAGAGUAUGGUAUUGAUUAUGAAGAAACUUUUGCUCCUGUGGCUCGCAUUACCUCAGUUCGAAACAGUUGCAAGCACCGGCCUAGAAGAAUUAGGACGAGGUUGAUUCUUGUUCUGAUUAGGUCGUGGAGGACGAGUGGGGCAAUUUUGAAUCAAGUGCCCUGGACUCUUGCAAUACCGACAACAGUUUGA